AGAGGCAGUGGAUUUUGUCCUUUUUUAUUUAUUUAUUUUAAUGAAUGAACUCCACUCCCUCUUAGACCUGAUGACAUUCCCUAGUUGGGUCAUGAAACGUCUACGGGGGGGCGGGAACCCCACCAAGCCCAGCCAUGGUGACCAACAUUCUCUCCUUUUGAUAUACCCCUUCAGUGGCCUUUUUCUGUCUUUUCCAAGAAAAGAAUCCCACCCACCCGGAUUGCGUGAUGGAGUCCCGCCGGCCGUUUCCUCUUCUCCCUGAGCAGACUUUUGACCAGGAGGUCAAGCAAAACAUGGCCGAACUCUCUCUCUGGACCGUUGUGGCCACCAUCCAAGCGGUGGAGAGGAAAGUCGACACGCAUGCCAGCCGGCUGCUGAACCUGGAGCGCCGUGUGAUGACCAAUGAGAAGAAGUACGUGGACUGUGAGAACGCCGUGGUGGACUUCGGCAACCAGAUGGAGUGCAAGCUGAUGGCACUGGGCACCCUCAUCCAGGAAUACGGGCUGCUCCAGAAGAGGCUGGAGAACAUGGAGAACCUCUUAAAGAACCAGAACUUCUGGAUCCUCAGGCUUCCCCCAGGAUCCAAGGGGGAGACACCCAAGGUGCCCAUAACUUUUGAAGACAACGCUGUCUACUUCUCAGAGCAGGAAUGGGGCAACCUGGAGAAAUGGCAGAAGGAACUCUACAAGAACGUGAUGAAGAGUAACUACGAGUCACUGGUCUCCUUGGACUAUGCCAUCGCUAAACCAGAUCUUCUGUCCCGGAUCGAACAAGGGGAACGUCCCUGCACCGAGGAAGAGGAGGCAGCAACAACGGACAGGGUGAUACCUUUGGAACCCAGCCCAGAAAUACUGGUUUUUCGACCCUGCCUCUCCUCCCCAGCGGAAGAAGGGGGUCACCCCCGAGAACGGGAACAGGGAGAAGGAUGGAGGGUCCCGCAGGCAUCUGCCAUUGAUGAUGAAGUCACCCAGAGGUCCUUCAGAUCUCAAGGGAAGCGAGAUCUAGAGAGGAACGUGGAGGGCCCGGACCUCUCGGACAAAGGUGAGCUUCACAUCCCACCGACCAUGGCCCUCACAACAAACCACAUCUUAAUCAAAACGGAGCCAGAGGACAACUCUGCAGCCCAUGAGACCUGGAUGAUGGCGGGAGAGACAUUUGUGGAAAGAAUUAUAAAGAAAGAAGAAGACUUCGAUUCCUGUAUGUGGCCAAGGGACUCUCUGGGGGAGAUAGCUGACUACAGUGCCAACGAGGGCAGUCCAGUGGAAGAAGCAGCUGCUCGUGUCCACUGGCAGUGUCAGAUUGGCCGCCAAGAGCCCCCACAAAGUUACAGAAGCCUCACCCCUUCAGGGCGAAAUCUGUCCUCGCCGCUCGUGAACGGGAGCCCUCUGAUGUCCCCUCAUGAGAUGGGGCAGCUGUCUGCCGGUCCACCGGGAGAGAAGCUGUGGGCUUGUCCACUGUGCCACCAACACUUCCGGCUCCACAUCCACCUGCUGCUCCAUCAGAAAACCCACCGGGAAGCACCUGCCGAGCCCGUGCCGAAGGACCCACUGGGCUGCCCCUACUGUCCCCGACGUUUCAGCCGCUCGGAUCACCUGCUACGUCACCAGAUGAGCCACACGGGCACCCGGCCUCAUCAGUGCCCGGCGUGCGAGAAGAGCUUCACAGACAAAAGCAAGCUGACCAAUCACUUCCGAACCCACACAGGAGAACGCCCCUUCCACUGCACAGACUGUGGGAAGCACUUCGUCCGGCGGCACCACCUGGCCAAGCACCAGCGCACCCACACGCGGGAGCGGCCCCACCAGUGCCCGCUCUGCCUGAAGAGCUUUAUGCAGAAGCACCACCUGCAGAAGCACCUCCACACCCACACGGGGGAGAAGCCCUACAAGUGCGGCCUGUGCCCCAAGGCUUUUGCCUGCAAGCAGCGCCUGCUGCAGCACAGCUGUGCCUUGCCUCCGGUGUCCCCCUCCGAAACCGCCGGGCGGCCCUUGGCCCUCCUGAAAGGGAGGCCCGCUUCCUGACCCACUGAUGCAACCAGGACUUUGCCCCACCUCACCUCCUUUGUUGGGGGUUCGUCAUUCAGAUGCAGAAAUUCAACUCUCUGGGUGUCAUGUAGCCUUCCUUUGUGGAUUGUGUUCCUAGGGGAAUCAGGCUGGUGAAGAUUCUGUUUGGUUGGAAAGGGAAAAAAACACUGAUCAUCCCUUGAAGAUUCUGAAUCAGCCUUUGAUCAGCCCUGGAAGGUCCUCCAUCACCCUUCGAUCAAUUCUUGACAAUCCUGAGUCAGCCUUUGAUCAGAAGUUCCUUAAGCAUUGGGCAAAUGUGGUUGACCGAUCACCUUCAUCUUCAUUUAGUCCAUGGCCAACUCUGCAUUUCAUCUUUUAAGAAGGUCCCCAAAGGAGGCGGAGCUGGAAGUGAAUGAGGAAGAGGCUGCUUUCUCUUGAAGGCUUCCUUGGAGACUCAUCAUCGUGAAGACGACGUGGCUGUUAGAUCAAGAAAGGAAUUCCCCUGGUUGUCUUGGACUCUGUUUUGGCUUCCCCCAGGCAGAUCCUGGGCCCAUCUGCCUGUAAACCCAAGUUUGAGAAGUGGAAUGGCUUGCCUCCAGAACUUGUGGAUGCUCCAUCAAUGGAGUUUUUCAAGAAGAGACUGGACCUCCGUUUGUCCAGAAUGGGAUACGGUCUCCUGCUCGAACAGAACUUUGGAGUAGAAGAUCUCCGCAGUCCCUUCCGACUCUUGUUUUUAUUCUUCAAUUUCCAAGUAAACAGGACAAGACAGGAUUUUGAUCAGAUCACUGCUGGACUUCCUGAACUCUCUGGAGCUCACCCCCCCCCCUUAUUUCGAGGCCCAAAAGACCUCCUGAGAAGAUGACAUUUGUGUCUCGGCUGCUCACGUCACCUCCGAGACCAUGUGUGGGAAUUUUGUUGUUGGGAUGGGGAGAGACACAGAAGGGAGAUGAGGAGCCAAAGUGUGAUUGGGACUGCAUUGUUUUUUUUUUUCAUUAUGCUCGAUUCGUAUGCUGUUUUAUAAGCGCUGUUGUAACUCUUGGAGGAAAACUUCCCCCAAAAGCUGAAACUUGGGGAUGGGUGGUCGAAAGAAAAUAGUUCUUUGCUUUUUUUUCUUUUUUCUUUUUAA